GGAGCAUUUCUAACGCCGGAGACAACACCACUUUAGCAAACUGGGUUGGUAUGACGUCGUCAUGGAAAUGCCCAACCUUGGCAGCCCCCUCCCCCUUAGGCCUCUUGGCACCGCUGCCUUCUCUAGCUUUGCUGGAACAACCCUCGCCAAAGAGCCUGUCCGGUCCACCCAUCAUCAUCUUUGGGCAGUGCAAAAUGAAGAAGUAAUUUGAAUGAGCACAAAUAGAAGUGUGUGAUGAUAAAAUGAGCAAGGGUGCAGGUGGAGCCUCAUAUGACAGUAUGAUUGAACAUGACAAAGAAGAUCACAUAUCAAUAAAGGCAAAGGGAUUGUCCGCAAACUAAGUCUAGUGUACAAGCAAUUUUGUUGCACAUAGGACUAAGUUUAUGGACAAACCCCUUGCUUUGCAUUGUGCCACCUAACAAAUCAUUGGCUAUAGAAGAAGAAUGAUGGAAGCAAAACUAUAAGGUCUCAAAUCAUUGAACACCACAAUUGAUGAUAUUCAACCGAGUACAAGGCACAAGCAGGAGUGUUUGUGCUUUGUACAAGGUUGGAUAACAUCAAUUCUGGUGUCAUUUGGUUAACACAUCAUAUCACUGGCAAAAAAUAUGGUAGGCCUCGUACUUACGAUGCAUCCAUUAGCUAAGAAAUGCCCUACGACAAAGGAGCAUGCAAGACAUAUAUGUGUUGCAAGCCCCGAGGCCACACAUCAUUGCUAGCUAACAAUGUGAUCCUGGUUUCAAUCAUAGGCCAAACCAUUGAAGUUAACACAAAUACUAGUGAUCAAGCAGAUCAUACUAGCUGGCAUCAAACAAUAGAGAAAUAAGGUUCAUAGUUCAUACAAAGCCUAAUUAUCAUACAUUACAUGCCAAUGUAUUUUUCACCACUCAUCACAAAUUGCCCUAAUCCUUUUCAGCUUAUCCUUAUUUUAAAAACCCAGCUUUAGGAGAUCAAACAAUGAUAUUUGUAAAACUUUGACUGAUCCAUGAGUUGUAAAACUGAUAUAUUUUGAAUUCGGGAUAAUAUAGAAGCCGUGUGCAUCAGCUUAGUGCAGAUGUUGAGACGUUUGCUCCCAUUUAGAAAAAAAAAAAUCCAUCGACUCCAAAUAAUUUUCCGCCCGAAUCUUCUGUAAGCAUCGACAAUAACUUUCCUAGGCCAACUGAUAAUACUCGGCACAUGGUCAAAUUCCCUUAAUCCAUCUCUUGCAUCGGCGCGCGCGCGUCAGAUCGAGCAGCGGUGCAGCUGUGCCAGAGGCGUCUGGCAGGCAUGUCUCCCCUGGGCAUCCCACUACUGCAUACACUGUGUUUCAUCUCUCUGAAUCUCUGAUCUGUUGGUAUGUACGUACAGCUGCAAGCUCGCAUGGCAAUAGGCUGCUGGCUGCAGCUUCUUAUUGGCUCACGCAGACGAUAAUAGCGUUUCUGUACUCCUCGAUGUAAUAGUCGAUCGAUCCAAUUCCUCGCCGAUAGAAGCCCCACAGGCUGGAUGGCCGGCAAGGAGGUGGAUAGGUAGCAAGCUUAAGCUAGGCAGGCUCGCAGCAGAAGCAGUGCUAGUACUGGAGAGUGGAGCCAGCAAGCAGGGCAUCCAUCAUCAAGGCUAGUUAUUUGCCCUGCAGCUAGCCUGGGCUGGGGCUGAGAACUUGAUGACAAUCACAGGAGCCAAUCUACAGAGACAGGGAGGGAGACGUCGCUUUUCUCCUCCCGUUAAUCCCAUGCACGCAGCUCUACGCAUGACACGAGAUGCCAUUCAAUAACCUCUCCUCACAGCGCACAGGCACAGGCUCGGAGUAGCUAAUUCCCUCCUCGCCAGGAAACCCUUCUCCACCAUCGCAUCCAUCCCAUGAUUCCCAUCUCCAUCGCCGUCUCCGGUACCUAUGUUCCAUCUCUUCUUAUAUACGCACCCGCUGUAUCCCCUCCCUGUGUGACGAUCCACUAGCUAAUUAGCUACCUAGCGGAAGCUGCUAAUCUAUCGCUAGCCGUACGUCACUUGGCUGGCUUGGCUAGCUAGCUGCUGCCUCGCUCUAGUCGAGCUUGCUUGUCGACCUAUCAAAUGGCGUCGACGGCAGUCACAGCAGGCGACGACGCGGUGGGCCAGCAGCAGCAGCAGCAGCAGCAGCGCAAAGGCAGCACAGGUGGAGGGAGCGGGACGCCGCCUCCUCCGCCAACGGAGCAGGGGCUCCGGUGCCCUCGCUGCGACUCGCCCAACACCAAGUUCUGCUACUACAACAACUACAGCCUGUCGCAGCCUCGGCACUUCUGCAAGACCUGCCGGAGGUACUGGACCAAGGGCGGAGCCCUCCGCAACGUCCCCGUCGGUGGCGGCUGCCGCAAGAACAAGCGCUCACGCUCUGCGGCCUCCUCCUCCGCCCGCGGUCUAUCGCUCAACCUGCCGGCAGCGGUGGAGAGCAUCGACGCGGCCUCCGACCAGCACGCUGCAAGGAUGGGCGGCGCCUUUCCUGGCGGCGACUUCCACGGCGUGGUCGGCAUGCUGCCGGGGCUCCACCAGUCCCCCGCCGUCGUUAGCCACUACGUGCCGUUUGGGGAAUGGCCCUCGGGUGGCGACGUCAACAGCGGCCACGCGAUGAACGGAACAGGAGCCGGGAACGGCGCGAUGGGCAGCAGCACCAUCGCCUCGUCCAUUGAGUCGCUGAGCUUCAUCAACCAGGACCUCCACUGGAAGCUGCAGCAGCAGCGGGUCGCCACCAUGUUCCUCGGCCCGCCUAGCUCCUCUUCCCAGUCCCACGUCGACGGCGGUGGCCACGUAGCAGCAGGCGCGCAAUUCGGAGGCGCCGGCACGUUCCUGCAGAUGGCGGGGGUAUCCGGCAUGGAUACCGUGCCGGCGGCUACGUCGUGGUUUAUGGACAGCUCCUACGCGCUGCCUUCUCCGCCCCCACCUGCUGCCGCCGUCGGCACCACCAGCAGCAACAUCAACAGCGGCCGGAGUAGUGGUGGCGCCGGCGACGACAACGCCACCUCCAACAACAACAACAACUGCGGGAGCGCGAUUCCGUCGUGGGGCGAUAUUUCAACGUUCGCGAUGCUACCGUAGGAGGUCAUGUUCCCAAGUGCUGAUUCCAAAGGAAUUGAGCUUGUUGCUAGCGAGGCUAACUAGUGCUCUCUAACUGGGUUUGAUAUACGUGCAUGUAUUAAUUCAUUAUUAUCAAGUGAUAUAUUUGUCACAAUAUCCUAAUCAACAA